CAUGCAUCAAGGGGCGGUGUUUCAUGUUCUAUGGGCUGGAAAGCCCCUUUCAGAGGGUCUUCAAAUCUAAUAAGGAAAUUUUGUUUGUAGAACAUGAAUGAUUAAGUUUGUUGAACUUGAGCAUAGGUGUUGUGAGAGUUCUAGCUAAUGAAUAGCCUAACUUAGCAGGCGUAAAAUAAACAAUCUUAAUCAUAUUUAGAUGGUCGUCCGCGCCAGGGUAUCAAUCAGCUAGCCUGGCUCUUUGUGUGCGCAUGUUUUGUUUGUGUUGAACAAGAACAGUUCUCGUGGCUUGUUAGAUGAUUUGCAAUGUGUUAAUGUCAAUAAGAUUGCAUAGUGCAUACGGUGCUUAUUUUUACUGAAAGGUUAGGGAAAGUGGCCUCUAGACGUUGCAAAGUGACAAAUACAUAAGGAGUUUGAAGAGGAGAUGGGAAAUUGUCUAAAAUCUCCAACCUCGGAUGACAUUUCCUUGCUUCAAGAAUCACAAUCGGAUAGAGCUAGUUAUGGUGACGGGGCAGAUACAGACCAGGAACCACCGCCACCAUAUCAGCAGGAGCUGCCAGUGUACCACCCCACGCCCAGUCAGGCCCGCAUGGCCAGCCAGCUGACUGAGGAAGAGCAGGUCCGCAUUGCCCAGCGCAUUGGCCUCAUCCACCACCUCCCCAAGGGAGUGUACGAUGCUGGCAGGGACGGCUCCGAAAAGAAAAUUAGAGAGUGUGUGAUUUGCAUGACGGACUUUGUGUAUGGGGAUCCCAUCCGGUUCCUGCCAUGCAUGCACAUCUACCACAUGGACUGUAUAGAUGACUGGCUGAUGCGCUCCUUCACCUGCCCCUCCUGCAUGGAGCCAGUGGAUGCUGCGCUGCUCUCCUCCUACGAGACCAACUGAGACACAACACCACUCCCCUCACCACUACCCCUGCUCGCUGUUCUGACUUACUCCCUUACUCCACCCAUGCUUCCAUCUACAGCACCCCCACAACCAGCAGACAGCACUUCCAACAGCCUGGAGAACCAGGGUUUCUGGGGGCAAGUGAGGGCUGUGUGGUGGUGAUGAAGGGUGCUGUGGAGGCCAUGGCUAAUCCAGAGAGGGGUCCUUUGCUCUGAGCUGGCCAGGUCUGCUGGACAGGAAAGCCCCGACUGGGGAAGGACGUUGGAUACUGGUGAUAGGGAUAAGACCGUCUCGUGUCACCCAUCCAUCCACACCCAGAAUUCCCCUCUCUCACUACCACACUGUUGUAGUAAAUUCCCUAGAAGGGAGGGGAAGGAAAGCAACAGCUCAAAGCUCUCUCUAGAAAUACUGAUAUCUGCAAAUAUUGUCUCUCUUCAUUGUUUUCAACUCAACAUCUGUUCCAGAAGUCGUCUUAAGGGCUCAGUGGAUUACAUUUACUAACACAGAUAAGCAAACAAUUAAUGCACAUGUACACAAGUCAGAGGAACUUGCACUUCUAUUCUAGUCUCAGUGGAAGAGUUCAGCAUAUGCUUACGAAUGUUUGAAAAUGAUUUCAGAUUUUCCCCAUUAUUUAGUAUCUACAACAUGAAAUGUUUUUUUCAAACCAUUGUAAUUGUUUCAGCCCAAUGGUAAGGUCUGUUUUCCUGAAGUUUACAUUUUAUCCUUAAUUGGUGAGUUUCUUAGACUAAUGAUGGAUCAGUUAAAAAGUGUUCCUUUUGGAUGAAGAGGUUUGGGGUCUGCACUCGAUUAUUACAAAGGAUUAGGCCUGUUAGGGUUUGGUCAAAAGGUGUUAUCGAUCAUAAUGCUCCUUAACUGCUCUUGCUUAGCACAGUUCUUAAAUUGCACAUCAGAAAUAUUCAACGUUUACUGCACCCAAUUCAGCACAAGUGUCUUAAUCUUAUUACCAAGUACGCCAUAUGAUUUAUCAUAAUGCAUACACACUAGAGUCAUUGAAUUAAUUUACAUGAAUUUAGUCACAUGCCCUAGAGCAGUGGUCACCAACCUGUCUAUCGCCAUCGACUGGUCGAUCUCCAAGCAUUCCUAGUCAAUCACCAAGCAUUUCUGUAAAAAAAAAAACAACGAUAAAGUCUUGCGUUCAUAAUUUUUUUAUUUGUUUUGCGCUGUUGGUGGUAGGUGCACUUGAUUCAGCAACCCAGGAAGGCAAAGUGUUCCCCUUUUGAACCAUUUCAUGUGUCUGAAGGUAGAACUCUGCCUACCCGGCAGGCCCAUAGAGCAAAUCAACAGUGCACCUAUAAGCCUAACGCUGGCCAAUCAAAUGGCUCAGAUAACCGUGUCUGCACAGUUUCCUCGAGCCAUAGACUGUAAAAAGACGCAUCGAACAGCAAAGUCAAUACUGUAAGAUUUCAAUACGUUUAAAACCAUGACCUAGAGAGAGACUCAACGAAUACAGCAAAGAGCUGCAGUUUUUAUGAGUAAGUUCAUGGUUAAGGUGUUAUUCAGCACUGUCAACACGAUGAUCAACACUUUUAGAAGCCAUAAAAUGCACAUUCUCCCUACUUCCACUCAAGCUACACCCAGCACUGCAGCUGCAAUGAAUGAGUAGCAAAGAGAUCCAAUAAGCUUGCGUUGUUAUUAUUAGCGGCUUGUCUUUUUUAAUAUCAAGGAAUAUUUAACUUUCUCUGGUCAUUGGAGUAACAACAUUAAUUGGAGCAUGAGGCAGAAAUAAUGCAGUGCGACUUGAGUUUUGCCAUCAGCUGGAAGACUGUCCCCUUUUCUAAGCGGGGAGAUGGUUAGUUGGGUGAGAGGCAGCAUCACCGCUGCUCCCUCUUUUUCCCUCAGACUGACCAUCAGAUGCAGUCCAUCAGUCCAGUAAAAAAUUCAAUAAAGAAAAAUAAGCUGUGCCUCACAAGAUAUACAACAAAUGAUCUAUUACCAGUGCGAUCAUAUACCAACAUGUUUUAAAAAAUAUUAUUUCUAAAUGGUCUGAGAAGAACAACAUUGGCAGGGCAAUUUAAGCAUAGCCAAUAUGCAGUGGUAAUAUAUUAGGCCUAUAGCCUACUGCACAAACCUCAUUGCUACAGAACUGUUUUUAAUUGGUUAAUGUUGCUUAGGUUUUUUAAGUAAUGUAAAAAAAUAAAAUAAAAAAUCUGAACGGUAGAUCUUGUCUUGCAUUUUGACUCGGUGAUCUUGACUCAGAAAAGGUUGGUGGCCACACUACCCUAGAGUUUAUUUCUUAGUUCAGCAUAUGAGCCAUUACAUUGUUGUGCAAGGGGUUUGGAUGUGAGGGUGCUAACCAAUCUAACCACCUUAGAUUUUUGUAGGUAGUCAUCUGUCUGAGCACGUGCAUUUAAAAAAAAUCCUACUUAUAAAUAAUGUUUUCAUAAUUAAAAAAUAGAAAAUAUCCCUUGUGUAUUAUCAUAACCUGUUAACAAUUGUUUAAUCAGCACAGUUGGCUAUAGCAAAAAGUUCAAAUAAUGGGUAUGGUUUUGGUCAUAAUUAUGUUGCUGUAUUUUGACUGGCAAAAAUGUAAUUGAAUGUAUAUUGGGAAAAAAUAGUGUACGUUUUUCCAAAAUGGGGGCAGGUAGCUCACAUGAAGUGAUCAUUAUGAUUUAAUCAAAAAGUAUUUAAGAUGUACUUUGUUAAAGACUACCCCUAAAAAGCAACUUCUUGUUUUGAAAAUGGCCUAUGUGAUAUGAGUCAGAAACAUUUAUUCUAGUGUCAAAAUUGACUACAAAGUGUAAAUAAGAUAAUUUUGGUCAUGAAGUCGGUCUCGUCCAAAAACUGAGAUUUGUGAGAUGAUAGGAAAAAAUGGUAUGUCAUGGAUUGAAGGGUACUGUAACCUUUUUCCAUGGGUUGGAUUUAUUUUUAAGCCUGUCCACAGCUGGCCACACCAAAGUAAUCAUAAUUUCUGAGCACAGCUACAUGCAAAAGGAAGUUGCCGCCACUAUUUUGACAUAGUUUCCUGUCCUAGAAAGGAAAUGCAUAUUUAGGUUCCACCUACGAAGAAUGACGAAAGCUAUUUAUACCUAUUCACAAAUUGGGUCUGGGAAUUUCCACAGAGUUGAUAAACGUCAACAAAUGAGGCACUGACAGUGUAAGUAGCUAGCAUGCUAACCUUAUGUAGCUAGCUAGCUAUCUUGCAAACCUUAUCUUGCUAGCUAAUGUUAUAUGUUGCUGUUUUUGUUUUUACUACAUGGUAUUCAAAAGCCAGCUUGGCUGUAUGGCUGGUUCUGGAGCUGAAUUUGUCAUAAGCAUUGAUUUAGGGGAACCAAAGUCACAGAUGGAAACCACUGGCCUAUCUUUGACUUUGCCAUCAAUUGUUAUCUCUGUUUGGGCAUUUUCCAUAAAUUGUGGCCUUGAAAUUGGGAUAGAAAUAUUUAGAAAGAGUAAAAUGAAGCUCUGGUAAUAUGGAUAACUAUUGAAAUAUGAUAUGCGUUUUUUUUACAUUGUAAUGGACACGGUGCAACCUUUGGUAGCAAGAUUGCUGAAAGGCUUCAGCUGCAGUACAGCAAAGCCAAGUCAGCCCGUGCUCAUGGUUCUCACAGUGGAAGUGAAAUGAUAGACUACAUUGACUAUGAUCAUGCACGCCUCAAAUGACAUGUAAUUAUAGUAGUGAAGCCAUUCAUCUUGGGGAGACUGGGGCAGCGGGUUUUCAAAAUGCUUUUAUACCAUUUAUGAAAUGGUCAUAUAUAUAUAUAUAUAUAUAUAUAUAUAUAUAUAUAUAUAUAUAUAUAUAUAUAUAUUUUUUUUUAUACAGUCUAAAACAAAUAAGGGAAAAUGGACAAAUUAUCCAAUGGAUUAUGAUCAUUUUCUGGUCAAAAAAGGGGAGGUGCAAAAUAUAAGUUUGCACCCCCUAUUUUAAUUUGCUCCAUGUCUCAGGCUCUUUGGCUCAUCUCAGUUGCGAAGAGAAAUAACUUUGCAGCUGUUUCUGAUUAAUAAACAAUGCCAUACUGGUGGGUUGUAACAUUCAAAUAGAACCCAGCGCUGAAAUCAUUUCUAUGUCAUAUCAGAGGGAAAGACACUGCAUUCACAGAUUUGCACAUAGUGGGCAGUUUGGAUUUGUCACUUCAAGCCCAAAUAUAUUGAACUUUGACUAAAACAAUGACCUUAAUGGCUUAAAUUGUUGUGCAACAUAAUGGGUAAACUCUGGCUUUAAAAAGUGGAUUUCUACUGGUGUGGGGAUUUUAAAAUCAGCUAUACAUUUUAGAAAUGUAUAUAAAUAUUGAAAGAGUUUGAGACAACUAAAAGAUGUGCAACAAUGAAAAUAUUGUCCCAUUUACAUUGUGUUAUUGAUCGAACUGCCCACCGAGAUAGGCUAUCCAAAGUCAAACCAACUUUGCCAGGGUCACACACCAGCUGGCUGAAGCUAAAUGAUUUGGCUAACUCUUCCCACCUGCGAACACACACGAGAUACCAUAUCAAACCGAACCCGAAACCAACUCGCGUUUGAGUUCACUCAUGGUGAACUCAUAAUCAGCAUUUCUUAAUGAACCAAAUCUCAAACGAGGCCAAAUCAGGAUGUGCAGGUGCCUUUUAAAUUUAAACCUCUUAAAACUAUAUAUUUUCUCAUAUUUGGGGGAAAAAUAUGCCCAUUUCCACUAUCUUCUUAAUCACUGGUAGUAUUUUGAAAAGGGGUACGUUAUAUAUUUCACAGAGGAAGUUGUAACUUGUUAUCACUGUUUUCCCCUCAUCCCAGACAAUAAGGGAGUUCUAUUAACCUAAGCUGCGGAGCACCGGUCUAUGGCCCGUGACAAGAAUGGGCGAAAGUGGUGAGGGAGGAGCUCCAAUCUCAAAUUGAACAGUAAUCUGCGCUGCUCGGUCAUGAUGUCAACAAGGCACCAUGGUGCACCGUCCAAAAACGUACGUCUCUUUUCCAUAAAAUAUAUAACGUUUUAUCUGCCUUCAUUUGGAAGGCAGAUAAAGCACUUUUAUCAACAGCAAUCACCUUUGCAUGUGAAUAGACAGAGUCCUACUCAUUGCGCCACGUGCUUAAUCUAGCCUAGGCUACGGCGCUUUUGUUUUGAGCCGAUUUCGCCGUUGGCUUUGAAAGGGGUCACUUGGCUCGCCCCAGGAUGUAGCCCGGUUCCAAAACAAAUGCAAUCACUUUUCAGCCGGUGAAACUCCUCUCACUGGGGUAACACAGGCCAGAUAAUCAAAUCCCCUCAUUAAUCUCACCACUGCUAGCUCUCAUUGGCAUUAAAAAGUGUUAGUCACAUUUGUAAGGUAUGCCCUUUGCACGUAAGGCGACAUAAUGAUACAGAUGAAAACAUGCCUUGAGUGAUCAUAAUGGUUGUGGGGGUAUGUGGAGCUUCAUUACCUUAGAGCUUAUGAGAGAGUUAUUGACUGGCUCCCAGGCUGGCAUGGGACCAACACUAGCUGAAAAAGAUGAGAUGCCUGAAAAUGGAGCCCAGACAUAGCCUAGGAAGGGCCUGGUUGCUGCCCAUGAGUUUUGAGGACUCUAGAGAUUGUUGAAAUCCUGAAAGAUGAAGCAACAAUGUAAUAGUGUACUUCAAAUUAUCCACUGCCCCCAACAGCAUAAAUUACAGGAAUGCACUGCAAGACUGGGCAGAUAUAUGUAAGGUAUGUGUGUUUGUAUGGGUGCCUGUAAGAAUUGUCUUUGUAAAGUAUACAUAUGCAUAUGAUAUGUACUACAUGCAAAUAAUAAAUGGAAACUAUGCUAUGGAA